GCGAGCGGAGAAUCACAUGCGUGAAUGGUGUGCUGCCAUCUGUGUUACUAUGUUUGUCGCUUCGUUUCAGUACAUUUCAGAACAAUAAUUUGUCAUAUCAGAAGCGCACUCUCAAGACAUCGGGACCAAAGUGAGCAGUCGAUCCAGCUGAACAUCAUGGAUCACCUGAUGGACAUCUAUGCUAAUGUAGAGGAACUAUCAGGCCAAAAGAAAAGUUUGUCAAACUGUUCUGAAAGUGUUUAUGAAAAUGUGUUGAUCGACACUCUGGAGCCAAACAGAACUGGACCGGCACUCUCAGGUGUUGAAGGUGUGAAGAAGAGUUCCUGCAGAGCUGCUGCAGUGGUUCUGGGUCUGCUGUGUCUCCUCCUUCUGACUGGACUCAUGACUUCGGUUUGCCUGUUCACCAAAGGCAACUCUGAGUGGGAAACAGAGAUGGUCCAGUUACAGACCAGUUACACCAACCUGACGAGAGAAAGUGACCAGUUACAGACCAGUUACACCAACCUGACGAGAGAAAGAGACCAGUUACAGACCAGUUACACCAACCUGACGAGAGAAAGAGACCAGUUACAGACCAGUAACACCAACCUGAUUAAUGCACUAGACAUGCUCCAAAAAAGAGUUGAAGAAUUGGCCAAAAAGAGGAAUGAUCUUCAGGGAAAGAUUCGAGAUCAGUAUACCAAACAAGGAUGGCUGUAUUUCAGCGGUAGUGUGUAUUACAUCUCUUCACUGAAAAAGUCCUGGCUAGAGAGCAGAGAGGACUGUGUGCAAAGAUCUGCAGACCUGGUGAUUAUUAGCAGCGAAGAAGAGCAGAACUUCGUCAGAAAUUUCCUAAAACACAUGUGGAUUGGACUCACUGAUCGAGAGACAGAGGGGAGAUGGAAAUGGGUGGACGGGACUCCGCUGACCAAAAGUCGAGGGAAAAUGAGGAAGAACAAUGAUGUGAGCAAUAAGCAAAAGAAGAAGAAGUGGAUUACACAUCAGUGUCCCAAGAAAAGCUCAUUCUCUACCCAGCAUUGUCCCAGUGAGCUGGUAAACAUGGCCAGGUUUAUCCAUAAAGAGCAAUCUGAGAUCACUCUGGACUACGUGAACCUACCCGACGCCACGAGUGACACCCGACAGGAUGGUGGAGGCACUGCUGCAGUGACUGGGAGAAAACUCUACAAGCUGGUUGCUGUGAGCUUUGGAUUCUUGUGUAUCCUACAAGCUGCUCUCAACAUUUACCUGCGUCUCUCUCUCGUCAUAGAAGCGAGAUGCACAAACGAGGCUGACGGGCUGGAGAAAGAACUGAUUCCCUUUGAUCGCUAUUUCCAAGAAGGCUGGCUCUAUUUACGUCCCAGUUUCUAUUUCAUUUCUUCUGGCAAGAAAUCGUGGCAGGAAAGCCGAGCUGACUGUCUGCAAAGAGGUGCAGACCUGGUGGUUAUCAACAGCAGAGAAGAGCAGGAUUUCACAAGAAAAUUCCACAAGCUCACAUGGAUUGGACUGUCGGAGGGAGAAACCAACGGGACGUGGAAAUGGGUGGAUGGCACUCUGCUGACCGAAAGCUACUGGCACCCUGGGGAGCCAAACGGGUUUGAAGGCAAACUAGAAGACUGUGUAGAAAUAAGGUUCCAUGAAGUAGAGAACAGCUGGAAUGAUAUACCAUGUAGAGAUCAAAACUUCUGGAUCUGUGAAAAGAUGAUACCUUUAUUCACCAAAGGCAACUCUGAGUGGGAAACAGAGAUGGUCCAGUUACAGACCAGUUACACCAACCUGACUGGAGAAAGAUGUUGUCUCGAAAGAGGAGCAGCAGGAAUGACUUUGGACGCUUCAUCCAGGAAGGAAAGACUCUACCGGCUGGUUGCUGUGAGCUUCGGACUGCUGUGUGUCCUCCAAGCUGCUGCCAACAUUGGACUGCGUCUUUCUCCUUACUGUUCCGGGGCAAGAACGCCAGAUUUUGCGGUUGUUAAUUCGAGCACCUUCGAUCAUUACUUCCAACAAGGAUGGGUGUAUUUUUACCACCGUUUCUAUUACAUUUCUUCUAAUCGGACGUCCUGGAAAGAGAGCAGAGCUGACUGUCUGCGAAGAGGUGCAGACCUGAUCAUCAUCAACAGCAAAGAAGAGCAGGACUUUGCAAUACAAUUCCAACGGCACACGUGGAUUGGACUGACUGACGGAGAGACCGAGGGGAUAUGGAAAUGGGUGGAUGGGACUGCACUCAGCACAAGCUACUGGCGCCCUGGGGAGCCCAACGGCUAUCAAAAGGAAGGCUGUGCAGAAAUAAUCUCAUUUGACAAAAAGAAAAGCUGGAAUGAUGCGCCAUGUAUUGUGGAAAACUAUUGGAUCUGUGAAAAGGUGGUGGCUCCAUAACUCCGCAUCCAAACCCAUCACUGUUGCAAUACACAAUAUCACAACAGCCAUGAUGGAAAUAAUUGAAUCAUCAAAUAUCAAUUAUACAAUCUUUGCUCUCUACAUUUUACAUUCAUUUUAAUUUUCUUUUCCCACUCACAUUAUUAGUCGUGCUACACAAAAUUCAUUAUAAUUGUUGUUAAUUCUUUCAAAGGUCUUGGAAGGAUGUAGCUUAUCCCAAUAUGCAAACAAAUAUACUGUAUGUAUAUGAAUGUAUUUUUUCUUCCAUGUUUUUUUCUUAAAUUGGUGUGUUUUGAUGAUAUAAUUUCUUACCCUCUUUAAAUAUAACUAUCUUUACCUUAAGUAAGAAAAGAAAAAUUGACAUUGUGAGCACUUUUUAGUUCCUAUUGUGCUAUUCCUCAAAAACAGAUCCAUAUAUGGGGCGACU